UUGUUGAUGGGGAAAAGCCUUUUAAAGUUUAUUCAAGGAAGAAAGGGAAGACCUAAGUAAACUUUAAGUAGGAUUAAUAUAAUUAGAAUUUGAGUCAUGAUAGGUUAUUAGAGUCCUAGUAGAAUAGGUUAUUAGAGUCCUAGUAGACUUUGGAUUUCUUAGAGAAGCCUAUAAAUAGGCUAAUCAAUGUAAAUCAAAGGAAGGAAUUUUGAUGAAUAAUAUUAUACUUUCUUUCAUUGCAAGGUUGCAACCCUCAAUGGUGAGACUCCAUUGAUUUUCUUCUAGGUGAGACUCCUAGAAGGCCUUAGUGAGACUCUAAGGUUUUCCAUCUUUUCUUCAUUGUUUCUUCUUUCUCUCUAUUUCUUAUCUUAUAAUUUUCUCUACCAUAAAGUUUAUUCCUUUUUCCUCUCCUUACACCCUAAAAAUAAAACCCUAGCCCACCUACCCUUGAGUGUAGACAACCAUCCUAGGGUUGUCCUACAUCAAUUUUGGCAUCAGAGCCAAAAUUCUUGGCUUGAAGGCAUAUGCAAUUAAGGAGCGGAGCAACUUAUGCAAGUAUGAGUUCCAAAAAAACUUCUAGCAAUCAAGAUGCCGCUACAAUACGCUUGGAGGAAAUUUCAGCCACACAACAAUCCCAUCAAGAUGCUAUAGUACAACUAAAUAGCAAACUUGAUGAGAUCAUGAAGUUAUUAGAAAAGAGCCAAGAAAAACGACCAAUUGAAGAGGAGAUCGCAAGUCAUCAAUUUAGACAAUCGCCAAAUCGAUCACGCGAAGAACAAGACAAUUUUAUGAUGGGGAAUCAAAGAAGGGCCAAACUUUUUGAGCUAGAUGAUGAUGUGACAAAAAAGGUACGUCUUGAAGUUGCUGAAUUUUAUGGAAAACUAAAUCCAACAGCUUUUCUUGAUUGGAUUAUGUCAAUGGAAGAUUACUUUGAUUGGUAUGCAAUGCCCGAAAAUAGAAAAGUUCGUUUUGUGAAGGCAAAGUUGAAAGGAGCAGCACGUCUAUGGUGGCAUAAUAUCGAGAAUCAAGCUCAUAGAACUGGCCAACCGCCUAUUGACACAUGGGACGAGAUGAAGUUGAAGAUGAAGGAGCACUUUCUUCCAACUGAUUAUGAACAACUUAUGUAUACAAAAUUGUUUUCCCUUAAACAAGGCACCAAGUCCGUUGAAGAAUAUACAGAAGAAUUCCAUGAAUUAUUGAGCAUUCGAAAUCAAGUGCGGGAAAGUGAUGCUCAACUUGCAGCCCGCUACAAAGCUGGACUUCGAAUGGAGAUUCAACUUGAGAUGAUAGCUGCACACACUUAUACCGUAGAUGACGUUUAUCAACUAGCCCUCAAAAUAGAAGAAGGCCUCAAAUUCUGGGUUUUCAGGCGUCCAAGUUCACAAAUUGGGAGCACUUUCUCCAACAGGACAGCAAGCAAACCUUUAAGCACGUCAAACUUCAGAACUCCUAAUCAUGUGAAUGGUGGGGGCAACACUCAACAAACUUCGAAUGUGACUUAUAAGAAUGGUAAUAAGGGUAAAAAUUCAAUGAGUAAUGGAGAUAGAAAAGUAGAUGUGACUCCUUUAUGCUUUAAGUGUGGUGGGCAUGGUCAUUAUGCUGUUGUAUGCCCAACCAAAAGUUUACACUUUUGUGUUGAAGAACCAGAAUCUGAAUUGGAAAGUUACCCAAAGGAAGAAGAGACCUACAAUGAAGAUGAAGUUAGUGAAGAAUGUGACUACUAUGAUGGUAUGACGGAAGGAUAUAGUCUUGUAGUACGACCUUUAUUAACCGUUCCAAAAGUAAAAGGAGAAGAAGAUUGACGACGUACUAGCAUUUUCCAAACACGUAUUUCUUGCCAAGGGAGAUUAUGCACCAUGAUCAUUGAUGGAGGUAGCAGUUUGAACAUAGCUUCACAAGAACUUGUUGAGAAGCUAAACCUUAAAACAGAGAGACAUCCAAAUCCAUUCAGAGUAGCAUGGGUUAAUGACACCUCUAUCCCGGUAAGUUUUCGUUGUUUAGUAACAUUCCUUUUUGGUAAGGACUUUGAAGAGUCUGUAUGGUGUGAGGUCUUACCCAUUAAAGUAAGUCAUAUUUUACUUGGAAGACCUUGGCUCUUUGAUAGAAAAGUUCAACAUGACGGCUAUGAAAAUACAUAUGCUCUCAUACACAACGGACGUAAGAAGAUCCUUCGUCCAAUGAAAGAAGUCCCUCCAAUUAAGAAGUCGGAUGAGAAUGCACAACCAAAAAAGGUACUUACUAUGUGUCAAUUUGAAAAUGAGAGCAAGGAAACUAAAGUUAUUUUUGCUUUAAUGGCUUGGAAAGUGGAAGAAUUUAAAGAACAAGAUAAGGAAUAUCCAGCAAACGCACGUAAAAUCCUUGAUGACUUUUCUGACUUAUGGCCUGCAGAGUUACCUAAUGAACUCCCUCCUAUGCGUGACAUACAACAUGCCAUUGAUUUGAUUCCCGGUGCAUCAUUACCAAAUUUACCAGCCUACAGAAUGAAUCCAACAGAGCAUGCUGAAUUGAAAAGGCAAGUUGAUGAAUUACUUACUAAAGGCUUUAUUCGUGAAAGCCUAAGUCCUUGUGGAGUUCCUGCCCUACUAACACCAAAGAAGGAUGGAUCAUGGCGGAUGUGUGUGGAUAGUCGUGCAAUCAACAAAAUCACAAUCAAGUAUCGAUUUCCAAUUCCAAGACUUGAUGACAUGCUAGAUAUGAUGGUUGGAUUAGUAAUCUUCUCAAAGAUUGAUCUAAGAAGUGGAUAUCAUCAAAUACGUAUUAGACCAGGGGAUGAAUGGAAGACAUCUUUCAAAACUAAGGAUGGAUUGUAUGAGUGGUUAGUCAUGCCGUU